AGAAUUUCUAGAAUCACAUUUGGUUGUCACUAAUAUUUGGUCUUCAUACAUACAACACACAAAGAGGUGAUUCACUUCUUGUGUGUCUCAUCUUUGUUCAAAAUUUCCUGUUAUUUGGAAGAUAUUUAUGAUAUCAGCUUCUUUGAAAUGGAUCUCUUCACCCUUGAUACACAAAGAUUUUCCAAAGAGAAGAAGAGCAUCUUCAAGUUGACUGGCCUCUUUAGCAGCCUAUCAGCUUUGGUGUUUGAAAUAGCCAUUGCCAGCAAUCAAUGCUGGCGCCUAUGGGAAUUUGAAGACGAUGAUGUACAGUUUGUGUCCUUUGGACUUUGGGGAGCUUAUUACCCUAAAUUAUUUAACAUCUCAGGAACACUAGUCAAGAUGCUGGUUCACAACCCUAUUGAUUCAACUUGGACCAUUUCACUUGAAUUUCAGUAUGCACAGAACCUGAUAUUAUGGGCUAUUUUUAUGAAGCUUGUAGUUCUGGUUUUCAGUGUGAUAGCUUUCAGGAUUAGCUGCAUGAAAGAUCCAUUUCUAAUGAUGCAGAUAUAUUGCUACAAGUUCUCUACCUUAGUUUUGGGUAUUAGCAGUCUUUUUAUAUUUGUUGCUGUGAGCUGGAACCAUAUGGUAGAUCUUUAUGGCCAAACUACUCUUGACUUUCCACCCAAAUUUCCUGUCCAGAAAGAAGCCUUGAAAAACAAAUAUGUGACUGCUGUAUUUCCAGUGGGAAUCCUGACUGCAACCAUGUCACUUUUUGGUGGGAUCAUGUUUCUUUCUGAGAUAAGCUAUUUGAAAAUACAGAGUCAAGUUGAGGCCAAGAGUGUUUCCAAAGUGGCCCUUCAAGAGGCCUGAAGUGAGGCCUUCUGCAUAGCCAACAUCUGUCAGAUGGCUCUUAGAAGAAAUUUACAAUUGACAUACAAAACUUAUGUAGUCACCAACUUGUUCUAAUAAAACACCAAUUUUAUC